AUGUCACCUCCAAGGCCAGCAGGCGCGUUCUGCACUUGCCAGCUUCGGACAAGCUGCUUAUCGAGCUGCAACCUACUGACCACAGGCUGGGCUUGCAUACUGGGCGCAUAUGGUAGGCAAGAAGUGAUUCAUCCCACUGGUGGUGCUUCAGGCAUUGGCGCAGGUGUGGUCAAGUCACUGGCAGAAGCUGGGAUACAAGUCACAAUCGCGGACUUGAAUGCCGUCGCUGGCGAUCAGUAUGCAAAAGCGCUGGCCGCAGAGGGCCACGAUGUCGACUUUGUACAUAUGGACGUGACGAGCUGGGCGUCCCAACUGUCGGCGUUCAAGCACGCACUUCAGGUCUCUCUCACCAACAACAUCGACAUCGUAAUCGCCUGUGCCGGCAUAGCAGGCGCCAACAUGCUCCAAGACGCUCCCUUCACGACCCCGACCACUUCAGAAGACCCUCAACCACCAAGCUUUCAACUCGCCAUGAUCAACGUUGAUCUCGUAGGAGCAAUGUACACAGCAACCCUCGCAGCCCACUACUGGCAGCAGAACCCACCCGCACCGGGAGCCGACAAUGUCCUAAUCUUGAUCGCCUCAAACAUCGCCUACUACGCCUCUCCGGGCUUCACAGGCUACGCAGCCUCCAAGUGGGGUGUACGCGGCAUGUGGAAAGCUCUCCGCGCCACGCCGUAG